UUUGAUUCCCGAGAAACUAAUAAAAGAGUUGAACGUUGUCCAACUUCCCAGGCAUAAAAAAUUAUCAUUGAAGGCUUUCAUCAUUCUUAGUUAACGUCUUACAUGUCUGCACUACAAUAUUUGAGCAAUCCAGCAUCAUGAACGCAUAUAGCUGCACCAUAAAUACUCGCAUGACACUGAUUUUGUAUUUAUUUCUACAUUUACAUAGAGAUCUUUAUAUGCAAAUAAAUGUCACCGCGUCCCCCCUGGUUUUUCAAGGCAUCUCUAUCAGCCUUCUGAACAAAGAAUAAAACGCACUCUCUGGGGGCGACGGGACAAGUAACUAACUCGCAACUUUUGUCUGUUAAGGACUACAGCAAAUUUCCUAUGGAACGUGAGCCGUUUGCCCCUUCAGUUGCUCCUCAGACAUGUGUCCUGAAAAUGAAUUUUGCAUGUGGAAAUUGCCACAAGAAGAUCAGGAAACAAUUGCAGAAAACUCAAGGUGUGCACUCCAUCCACAUAGAUGCGAAUGAAGGGAAGGUGACAGUCUCAAGUACAGUAGACCCUCAUGUACUUAUAGAAGAGUUUGCAAAGAUUGGGAAGAAAGCACAUCUUCUAUGGGAACCAAGACCUCUCUUGAUGAACCAAAACAACGCUGAUAACAGAGGUAAGAGAGUUCAAGAUGCACUUUUUGAUGCUCAACAAAAUGGAAUCGAUCUGGAUCAGCUGGCUCAACUGCAAAAAUUCGCUGAGAAUAAAAGGUUGAAACUUUUGGAGCUAAACCAAACCAACAACAUAAAGAUGACCUUCAAUGACAACGGUGAUAUCAGUCAUAUUGAUCAUGCCACGGACAUCAAUACAAACAAUUUGCACGAGCCUAAAGGGAGUAAUGGAGCUAUGAAUGGGCACAACCCACCACCUCUGAAUACAUUUGGUCAAGGCCAAUAUGGUAAUAUCGGUGGUGCGAGCAGCAGCAGAGGUCCUGCUCCCUUUGGUAAUGGUAGUGGUGGAUGUGAUCCCACAACGAAAAAUGUACCUCCUUGUUGCCACGCUUUUGAGUUCAGCUGUGGCGGCAAUAGAUGGGGUGAGGAGAAGGCUCAAAGGCCUCUACUGCCACCCAACUGUGAUCCUACUGGUCCAAUGCCAACAUGCAACCAUGGUCCUUCCGGGGCAACACCACCAAAUCACUAUGCUCCUCAUGGAUUGCAACCGGUGAAUAUCCUACACGUAGAUGUAAACUGUGGUGGGGGUCAUAAAACUUGCCGGGUGAUGUGAGCUACAGCUUGUGCUGCAGGCUAUGAUUAGGUUAACGAAUAAUAAACCAUGUUCUGUUGUUGCAAAUCCACACGUGAACUUGGCAUUCACGACACAUUAUUUCUUAGAGGGAAGCAAUUUCAUUAUAUAUUUCGAUUUGUAAUGUACUAAAAUCUUUUCCCCCCUCGAUAUUGGCAAAGA